AUGGCUACCGACAAGAACUAUGUCCUCUACCACUACACGCCCAAUCUUCCAUGUGCCAUCCUUUUAGCUGUGCUCUUUGCGUUGACGACUGUCUUCCAUCUCUAUCAGCGAGUUAAAGCGCAUUCAAAAUACUUCAACCCGUUUAUUGUGGGCGGUAUCUUUCAAAUCAUCGGCUAUGGAGCACGUGCUGGCUCUCAUUUCAAUAUGGACUCCACGAUUCUUUAUGCAAUUCAGUCACUCCUGAUUUUAUUGGCGCCAACGCUUUACGCAGCGUCGAUAUACAUGGUACUUGGCCGAAUUAUCACCUUCCUCCACGGUGAGCAUCUGAGUUAUAUCCCGGUCAAAUGGAUGACAAAAAUCUUCGUUGCUGGGGACGUUUUGUCCUUUAUCCUUCAGGCUGCCGGAGGCGGAAUUAUGACAAGCGGAUCCGAAAGUACUAUCAAGAUCGGUCAAUGGGUUAUUGUGGCAGGCCUCUGCGUCCAGCUCGUGUUUUUCGGGGCAUUUGUGAUCACCUCGCUCAUCUUCCACAUCAAAAUAAUUCGAGGCCCUACCAUUGAAAGCGAGAGAUUCAUGAACAAGCGUGGCUCAAUCUGGCCCCGAGACUGGAGAGGUCUCCUGUUCGCAUGCUACAGCGCUAGCGUGUUAAUCUUGAUUCGAUCCGUUUACCGUCUGGUUGAAUUUGUGCAAGGAAACGAUGGGUAUGUCAUCAGCCACGAGGUAUUCUUGUAUGUGUUCGAUGCUGCGAUGAUGUUCUCGGUGAUGGCCGUGAUGAAUGUGUUCCAUCCCUCUUUUGUUUUGAACAAAAAGAUGGAAUCGCCUAUUGCGCAGCCCGAAAGGGAUAUUCAGUGGAAAUCCGAUCUUGAGAUGCAACAACGCCCUGUUUCAUCUAUCAGGGAUUAG